GAUGACGGGCAGUGCCCCGCAAGAGACAGACAGACAUGGAUAUCUCUCCACCCGUGACAAGUCUGAAUCUGGUUGGAGCCUGCUACAUUGACACAAUACUAAGUGUCUCCAAAUACCCCGCGGAGGACGACAAGCUUCGUGCAAACUCGCUGGAGAAACGAAGGGGCGGUAAUGCUGCGAAUAGCCUCGAAGUACUGCAGCAGCUCUCUAUACCCAAUGGCCGAUCCAUAGACCUCAGCCUCAUCUGUCCCCUGCCGAAAACAGACUCGGCAGCAACCAAAUUCAUCAGAGAAUCUUUCGCACCAAACGUGGAUCUUUCCUUGUCACUGUGUAGAGAAACUAGCUCUGAAGCAGCAAGCAGCUUCAUCAUUAGGAGCAUCGAAAGCGGCUCUCGGACAAUCGUGAAUUAUAACGACCUGGCCGAGAUGAGCCUUGGAGAGUUCCAGGAUCUGGUCAAGCAGCGGACGAAGGCUAAGAACGAGAGGUCAUGGUAUCAUUUCGAAGGCAGGAUACCAGAGACUUCAGUGAGUUGCAUGCGUUGGCUCAAGGAGACCUACCCAGAUGUGCUCACCAGUGCCGAGGCGGAAAAGCCAGCUCGGCCCGGAUUGGAUGCGAUGGCAUCUGAGGCUGAUGUGGUGUUUUUCUCGAAAACCUGGGCCCAGGCAGGCGGAUAUACCGACGUUGCGUCCUUUCUCCAGGCCCAAGCAGAGCGGUUCAAGGAAGCACGGCUUCUAUGCUGUACAUGGGGAGGUGAUGGUGCGGCAAUUAUCAGACCCAGUGAUGGAAUGUAUCACCAUGAACCUGCUUUCGUGGACAAGGAGAAGCAGGUGGUGGAUACGGUAGGGGCGGGCGAUACCUUCAUCGCUGGAAUGCUGUUCCAGCUCACAACUUCUGAGAAGGCGGAUGUUGCAGGGGCUCUUGCUUGUGCAAACAAGCUUGCUGGGCGCAAGGUGCUGCAAAGUGGCUUCGCAAAUCUUGUGUGAGUGAGCAGCAUAUAUCAAUCUCUGUCAGAGAAGGAAUGCAAGACUCACGUGAAUUUUGAGAG